GAGAGAAAAGAUCAUGGACGGAGCCGCUAUCGAGGAAUGUUCGAGGAGGGGAUGAGGUAUGGGCGGCGGCGGAGGCGGGGGGUGGGGGGUGGGGGGGGGAGGAGCAGGCUGAUGAGAUGACCCGCUCUCUUGCAGGUGACUCGUCCUCUCCUCCUCUGCAUGCAACCUUGCAAGGGUCAAUGUGGCACGCAUCUAUUAUUGACUUAAUUAGCGGGUCACAGACGUUACCUGUGUCCUCUGUCGUAUUCACCUCGCGACGGUACACGCAUUUAAUCAUGACCUUGCUUUUGUCAUUGUCUGUCCUGCUUUCACGAGUAGCUUAAAGACAUGCCGGGGUGGAAUGGCUCUUGAUUCCGCCGCCUUUGAAGGGCAUAGUGAAUAGCAUAAAAUCACUCAUUACGCUAAGGAUCAAUUGUCGCUCUCCGCCAGCAUUCCGCCGCAGUGAUUGGCGCGUGAGGCGUGACGUCAGGAGUGGGCCGGGCUGCGGAGGCGGGCCACUCCAGAGGGUGCCUUGGUCCCCGUCACACCCAGCCGCGCCCGUCCUCCUCCCUCCCCUGACUGGCACCCGCUCCGCUUACUGACGGCCGGAGGAUGCUUGUGUGGGGUUGACGGCGGGCAACAGGCACCACCGAGGAGGACACGCGGAGAGUAGACAACGGACUGACGCGGCGGGAUGAAGGGGCCCUCACACGCGGGCGGCGGCGAGAGGCGCUCCUCGGUGCUCUCCCUCGACUCUGAGGAUGAAAACAAGCUGGUGGAGGUCAAGACAGGGUGCUGCGGCCUCGACCCCACGACCGGACGCGGCAAGCAGAUCCAUUUGGCCCAGAUGCUGCUGCUGCCCUUCGUACCCAUCAUGGCGCUCAUCAUCCAGAACGGCCUCAACAUGGUCAACGUGCUCCAGUACCAGUACGAGAUGCAGGAAACCAUCGAUCAGGUCCAAAUCAGCACGGGUCUUGGCAACGUGACGGAGGCGCUGCAGUCCGAGCGGGCCGAGAUUGCCUUCUACCUCUUCACGAACGGCUCCGUCAUCCGCCGCAACCUGUCCGAGCACUUCGCCUACACCAACUCCCUCAUCGACAACCUCAAGUGGCCGAUCUUCCGCAUCGACGACCCGCUCUUCAAGAACAAGAUCCUCUUCCGCAUCCGCCUCGACGACUUCCGCGACAAGAUUACCAAGUUCGACACCCCUUCGAUCGACGCCGGUAUCCGCUUCUACAACCGAGCCAACUACAUCUUCCUCGACCAGCUAACGCGAGAGAUCAAGGAGAAGGACAGUUCGGGCGUGUGGCGGCCCCUGCUCGCCUACAAGAACCUCAUCCGCGCCAUCGAGCACCUGGGCAUCUCCAUGGUGUUCGGGGAAGAGUAUUUUGGGCGUGGCGACCUCGACCACACCUCCUACCUCAACUUUGUGACCAACGACGCCCUCGGCCAAGACUUCCUCAACGCCAGCAAGAGCUUCGCCUUCUGGAUCAAGGACAGGUACCUCCAGCUGCAGCAGACCUACCCGUGGUACUCCAACAUCACGCGGCGCCGUCAGGAGAUCGUCAACAGAGUCAAGAUCGAGCCGGACUUCGACAAGGCCACCGAGUACUUCUACGCCAUGCUGGGCUACCUGGACGCCCUGCAGAAGAUUCAGUACGAGAUCCGCAUCAGAAUAGAGGAGACGAUCCUUUCCGAGGUGACCUCCUCCAACAGUCACGUGGUGGUGGGGAUCGCCAUCCUCGCCGUGGUGCUCCUCAUCUCGCCCGUCAUCAUCGUCCUCGUCAGGAUGGUCACCAGAACGCUGCAGGCCUUCACGGAGACGCUGCAGUACAAGACCUAUGAGCUGAGGUACGAGAAGAAGCGUUCAGACAAGCUGCUCUACCAAAUGCUGCCGCCCUCCGUCGCCCAGCAGCUCAAGCAACGCAAACAGGUGUCGGCCGAAACCUACGAAGUGGUCACGAUCUACUUCUCCGACAUCGUGGGCUUCACCGAACUUGCCUCCGAGAGUACUCCGAUGCAGGUGAUCUCCCUCCUAAACGCCCUCUACAAGAUGUUCGACUCCCGCAUCGAACUCUACGAAGUGUACAAGAUCGAGACCAUCGGAGACGCCUACAUGGUGGCCUCGGGACUGCCGCAGCGAGGGGAAGACUCUGCUGUGGGAACGACCAACCUGGACCGCCUCAUAUACACGUCUCCGGUCUACAAAAUCAUGAGCCACACUGGUCUAGGCAAGGAACACGCCGCUGAGAUCGCCUCCAUGGCCCUCGACCUCCUGCACGCCACCGAGAACUUCGUGGUGCCGCACAUGCCCGGCGAGCGCCUGCAGAUCCGCGUCGGCAUCCACACGGGGCCGGUGGUGGCGGGGGUGGUGGGCUCCAAGAUGCCGCGCUACACCCUCUUCGGGGAGUCGGUCAACAUCGCCUCAAAGAUGGAGUCAAAUGGCUUGCCCUUCAAAAUCCACGUCACGGCCGCCACCAAGGAGUCUCUGGAAAAGGUCGGCGGGUUCAUCCUGAAGCUAAGAGGAGAGAUGGAGAUCAAGGGGAAGGGAUCCAUGGAGACGUACUGGCUGAUUGGCAAACACGGGAAGCUGCCGGAGCGUCGCGUGGAGUCGGACAAGGAGGAGGAGAUCGACGUGAUGGCGGAGAACCCCCACACGGACGCCCGCCGCAAGCAGAGGAAGGCGCAGAAGAAGAAGGAGCGGGAGAACAAGGAGAAGUCAACCCUGAGGCGAGCCAUCAACUCCGUCAAGGGCCACCUGCCGAACUGAAACCACAAGUGCGGUGCUGAGGGCCGCUAAAGGAAGUGUCCAGCACAGCCUAACCUCCUGGCAAAGGCUCGUACACACCCUCUGCAUCGCCUUCUCCACACACCCUUCGGCAUCACCUCCGUCAGGCAGCAGCAAAGACCAGGCGUGAUUCCUGAAGCGCUGCUGGAGUCUUGAGCAAGCAGUCGAUCCUUAGUUGAAGUCGCUUUUAUCUUUCCUUCUUCCUCCCCUUAUCUACCUAUUUAUCUAUCUGUCUAUCGAUUAUUUUUAUGUCUGUCUAUAUAAAUAUGAACUUUGAUAUGCAAUAAGUUGGCAUCUGCCGUGUCUACUUUCAUAGCUUCUCCAGAAAAAAAGAGCUGAUUAGUUUUUUUUCUCGUAGAACUCAUUUUGUUACGAUGAAGGCAGCUCAAGAACAAAAAAACACAAAAAAAGCAUUAAAAGAAGACUAGGCAAAGGGUCUGCAUAGGUAGUUGUUAUUUUUGUUCUCUUAGCUGUUCUCUCUGCCGUUCUUUUUGUAAUGUCGUCAUCGAGCGUGAUUUGGUUACCCGAAGCUGCUGGUGUUUCUUUUUGCGUCUCCAUGUAAAAACUUUAGGAUAAUGAAAGUAUAUGAGUGUAGGGCUGAAUGUGAAGGUGGCUGUUUUCUCCUCCUCCUCUCCCUUCCCCUUCACUUCCUUCUCUUCCUCCUCCUCCUUCUUUCCUAUCGCCUCCUCCUCCUCCUGUACCCCUGCUGCAGCCCCUCCCUACCUCACAGCCCCUCUCACAGAAACAGGAAAAAAUAGGUUCUGUUAUUAAGUAGUGUGAUAAGAAGAUAUAGAUUUAGUAGGGAGUCCUCUAAAGUAUCAUUGCUAUCACUCACUCACUCACUAACUCACUCCCACUCACUCACUCACUUAAGUUUUUUUUUUUCUGGAUGUAUUUCCUUUUAUGGUAAACUUUGGUCUUGUUUGAUUUUGCGUUAAUAAUUUCCGUAUAAUUGCUUUCUGCGUUUUAUCUCGUUCUUUUUUUAAUGUAUUUGGUUGUUGUGGGUACGAAAGAAAUUGAUGGAUCUUUUUUUUUUUUGUGUGUGUGUGUUUCUCUCUCUCUCUCUCUCUCUCUCUCUCUCUCUCUCUCUCUCUCUCUCUCUCUCUCUCUCUCUCUCUCCGGAUAUUUUUCUCUCCUCGACGACAGUAUCUCUCCUGAUAAGCUCAUCUUCCCGUUAUCGACACGCCCGUCUCGGUUAUCGCGUGGUGCGUCCGCUGAUCACCCUCAUCGGAGCUACUGACGGAGAGCUGACAGCCUGGCUUACCUGGGUUGUCACUCACCCGUCUCUGUCGCCCCGAGAUGUCCGUCAAACUAUGAACCGUGACACCAGAUUAGAUUUAAGAUUUCUUCUUUUCUCUUGAUUUUAUUCCAUCGGUGGUAAUGCGCAGUGUUUAUGUGAGAGUGUCCUGGUUAUGUAGCCUACACGUAUUCGGCAGUACAGGUGUACGCAUGCUCGCUAGGCACGCAAGACUAUCUGAUGAGUGUGUGUUGGUAUAGCGAGCUAAUGCCUCCACCGAAAGGAUCAUGGAGACGUGUGGGCUACAUGUUUUAUGGUAUUAUAUAUGAAUGAUCAUAUUCAUUAUGGUUAUUAUUUUUUGUGUUGAUAUGAGUAAUGACAAUGAUGUUGAUAAUAAUAAUAAUAAUAAUA